GUCAAGUACGGUGAUCAAUCUUAACAUGUAUAAUAUAUAAGAUAGUUAAACAGUUCCUUGCUUCUUCCGUCAUCUAUCUUAUACAUUUCUUUCCAAAUAUCAAAUUCAGCAUAACAAACCAGAAAGUUUGUGUGCUAUUAUAGUAGCGUAGAUAUCAACAGUAUCAGAAGAUGAUGAUGAUGGAGGCAUUUGGAAGAGGAAUGCACGUGGCUGCUGCUAGCACCAUGGUUUUCAGAUCAGAGCUACAACCAAUGAUGACACCAGAACCAGUUGGUUCUUCAUCCUUUUCUUCUUCUUCUCGUCAAAGGGACCUUGUUUUCAUCGUCAAUCCUCGAGGUUGUAAUGGGAAGACUGGUAGACAAUGGAGGAAGAUACUGCCAUAUCUACAGUCUCGCCUCGGUAAAGAAUGCAAUAUAUUGGAGUCCAUAACUUCAGGUCCUUGUCAUGCUAUUGACAUAACAAGAGAGGCCAUAAGAGAAGGUGCUGAUGCUGUUGUUGCCGUUGGUGGUGAUGGAACACUUCAUGAGGUUGUCAAUGGAUUUUUUUGGGCUGGAAAACCUGUUACUAGUCAAAUGAAAGACUCAACACAUUCAACUGCUCUUGGUCUUAUACCCUUGGGAACUGGUUCUGACUUUGCAAGAACACUUCAUUGGAAAGAUGAUCCUCGAGAGGCCAUUGAACGUGUUGCUAGAGGGUUGAGAUCAAGGAUAGACAUUGGUGUAAUCAGUGGAGAAAGUUGCGAAAACCAUUACUUCAUAAAUGUUGCUGACAUCCAUUUGAGUGCAAAGGCUGGUUUUUAUGCUUCUAGAUACAAGAGCUUUGGUAAACUGUGCUAUGUACUUGGUGCAUUGCAUGCUUUCAUGGGGCAUCAAAACCAGGAUUUGAGAAUCAAGUUCAAUGAAGGUGAGUGGGAAACAUGGCCUCAAGUAACAACCGUUUGCAUUGGAAAUGCAAAGUAUUUUGGUGGUGGCAUGAAGAUUACACCAAAUGCUACUCCUUACAGUGGAAAUUUAGAGGUUGUGAUUGUUCAAAACUUUAAGUGGCAUGAUUUCACACUGAAAUUACAAAAGCUGUAUAAUGGAACACAUCUCUCACUUGAAAAUAUAUCAGCAAGAAGUGCACUUUCAAUCGAGUUGGAGGACAUCUCAGGCAACGGCGGCAUUCAUAUUCAAUCGGACGGGGAACAUUUGGGAUUCCUUCCGAAAAAGAUUAGUGUUCUACCUGGUGCUAUUGAGAUGAUAUGCUGAUUCAUCUGGAGAAUAACUGUGUCAAUGAAAUAGUGAAGAUGAUGAUGCUAUUUGCCAGAUGAAUGUGGCUUCAGAUUCUGAUUCUGAAUUGUUACUUAGAUCAAGAAAUGAGUAAUUUCCUUAACAUCACUGCUAUAACCUAUAACAUGCAAUUCCUGCACCUAAAUUCUACAAUGUUUAUGAAAAUUAUAACACUGAACCUGUGAUUGUUACUUUAGGACUCUUCUGUUAAUUUCAGCAUAGUAACAGAUAAUUGUGUUCCAACAUAUGAAAAGUGUUCCCUACUGCAUGAAACCAUACUCAUUCAGAGAGAGAAUGCUAAGGAGUUUGACUCUGCAACUGACUUCUUAAUUAGAUAUUGAUAAUUGAAGGAAUUAGCAUCUAUAUAUCAUAAU